AUGUCAUCCAUCACAGUCGGAUUGGAAGGCAACGAUUUACGGAGAGAGAGUGGCUCAAUGAUACAUGGGAAGACAUCUCACCAAUUAUGGAUAGUGGGCGAGCACCUCACUGCCGCGGUGCGAGGUGAAACAGAAAUCCUCCAGCACCUGCUAGACGAUGACUUGCUUAACCGGUACUACGUUGAGGCCAUGGGGCUCAAAGAUGCUACCAGCUUUCUUUCCAGAGUAAUAGCCCAGAUUGCCCAUCGUUUUCCUCACAUGGACAUUCUGGACAUCGGUGCGGGCACUGGAGGAGCCACAAAGACCAUCAUGCGAGAUAUCGGGCGGUCUUUCGCUUCCUACACCUUCACUGAUGUUUCCAGCGGGUUUUUCGAAAAGGCUCGCGAGGUAUUUGCCGCUCAAUAUGAAUCGGAGAAAAUGACUUUCAAGGUCCUUGAUUGCGCAAAGGAUGUGGUAGAGCAAGGCCACGAGGAGUAUUCCUACGACCUAGUCAUUGCCUCCUUGGUCCUACACGCCACCCGAGAUUAA